UGACAAGACAGCCAUGACAAGCCAUGGGUUGUUAAUAUAUCCUAAUUUUAAAUGCCCAAGUUUUAAUGGAUUACUACAACAGUUCAAACAAGAAAUAAAAUCCAAGAACAAGUUGAAAAAAUAUAUGGCACUGAUACGAAGACUUGCAUACAACCUGGGAUAUGACAAGCAAAAAUUGCUGGAUUUUCAAAAUCUGUUACUCUGGAAAGCAUACGAUACUUUAAAAGUUCAGGAAAUACACAAACAUUCUUUACCAAAAUGGGCUGAUAAAAGGACUAUGCAACAGGUGAAAUCACUGCUAGAAUAUUUGAUAAAUGCAGCUUUUGGGGGACCAUUAAAAAAUGAGAAAUCAAAACUACAAGGAGGUAUCCUUGUGAAACAUAUUCUGGAAACAAUGAUCAACACCACUAACUGCAAUAAAGGACUUAAAAUGAUCAUGUAUUCAGCACAUGAUAUGACAAUCAUUGCCCUGCAAACAGCACUUGGUGUUUCCAACCAGUUAUUAAUUCCUUAUGCUGCUACCCAUAUUUUUGAGCUAUAUGAAGAAGACAAUGGAAGUUAUACCAUUGAGAUGUAUUAUCGGAACAACACUGCUGUUGAACCCCAUAUGCUCACUUUGCCAGGAUGCUCAAAGGCUUGUCCAUUGGAGAAGUUCCAAAACCUGGUUACUCCUAUUUUGCCAACAAAGGAAUGUUGAAAAAGGAAGAAAUCAAAGCAACGAGGAACAUCUUGAAUGGAAGGUCAAAGAUUAUCAGAACAGUGAAAAUGUUUUUAAGAUACCCAAAAUCAAAUCACAUACCUUAUUAAUCUUCUACUAAUAAAAAAUAAAAAAUAAAAAACAGAUAUUUUUUU